AUGCCAGAACUAAGAGUCGAAUUCCCCAGUGACGGUGUCACCCUAGUCGGCACCCUCUUCCGUCCUGAAGGCGCCGCGGGAAAGCUUCCCACCGUAGUGGCCGCAGGUGGAUGGUGCUACACCAAAGAGAUUGUGUUGCCGCACAUCGCACGCAUUGUCAAUGAGAAGGGUAUCCAGUUCCUUGGGUUCGACUACGCAGGCUUUGGAGAAAGUUCAGGGGACCGUCGCCAGCACCUAGACCCUUGGAAACAGAUUUCGGACUAUCGAAACGCAUUGACUUACGUCGAGAGCCGCGACGAUGUGGACUCAAACAGGCUCGGUGUCUUCGGCAUAUCGUACAGUGGUGGGCAUGUGUUGAUCCUGGCGGCAAUCGACAGCCGAGUCAAGGCGGCCGUCAGCGUGGUGCCUGUCGUUGAUGGUCACGCCAAUAUGAAGCGAGUCCAUGGGGAGACCCGGUUCUGCGACUUUCAGGACUAUAUCCUCAGGGAUCGCAGGGCUCGCAGCAAGGGUAACGGCGGCAAGAUAUCGUUUGCAACAACCACUCCUGGCACAGAACUCUCGGUCUGGCCUUUUGCCCGCGUGAACGAAGUGUUCUUGGAGCUACAAAAGCACGAAGCUCCCCUUCAUCAGCACUGGAGCACCACAGAGUCGGCAGAACUGUUGCUCAAUUAUUCGGUUUUCCCGUUCCUCGGACGAAUUCUGGAUACAAAGGUCUGCAUGAUUGUGGCUGAGGGCGAUAACAUCACCGCUUGGGAUUUGGAAAUCGAGGCUUUCAGUAAGGUCGCUUCUCCAUUCAAGAACAUACAGAUCCUUCCUGGUACCAGUCAUAUGAGCCUGUAUUCAGAGAGAUCCGAUACGAACAUCGCGGCUGGCCACAGUAGAGAUUGGUUCGCAACAGCAUUUGGCUAA